AUGCUCUCUCUCGUUCUUCUCAGCGCAGCGCUGGUCGCCGCUCCAGCUCUGGCAGCGCCAGCCCCCCAAGGCAUCACCAUCUCCAACUCAGCCACACAAGUACCAAUCAAGAUGUGCGGCACGGCUCAGAACAUCGUAUUGACUGACACUCCAUGGAUUGUAUACAACAUGUUCUACAACCAGGCGCAAACCAAGGGUAGCAUGUGUACAGCAUACGACUCCGUGUCGGCCGGCUCUGAUGGAAACAAGAAAAUUAAGUGGAGUGCGGUUACCGACAUCGAUUAUGUCAAAGCCACCGACAAUGUCCCCAAGGGUUACACAUUCGUCGGUCUGACCCAAAAUCUCGAGACUAGGCUCUCCGCCAUCAAAUCAAUUCCCGCAACGUACGAGUGGACGCGCACCAACAGCACCGCCUACAAAGGCAACAUCGCAUUCGAUUUUAUGACAUCUGACACAAAGGGUGACUCUACAUCUUCGUCCGCCCAGGAGCUCAUGCUCUGGCUCGAAUACACUGGUGGCCAACUACCCAUCGGAUGGCCCGCUGGUGCGAAAGCCACAAUCCCCGACUUGUUUGGUACAAGCUGGAAGUUGUACCAGGGCGUAAAUGAGGACACUGGCAUCACUGUCUCAAGCUUGCUGCCUGACAAGUUGUUCAAGAGUCCCUUCAAGGGUGAUUUGAAGGAGUGGCUAGAGGCACUUGUUAAGGCUGGUGUAUUCAAGGAGAGCACAUAUGUCAACGUAGGCAACGCGGGCACGGAGCCCUUCUACGGAAAGGCGACCGUAGACGCUACGUUGGGUCUGCAAAUAAACUUGUAG